GCGGGGCCCGGCGCAGCGCGGGCCAAGGAGACGGCGUUCGUGGAGGUGGUGCUGUUCGAGUCAAGCCCGAGCGGCGACUACACCACCUACACCACCGGCCUCACGGGCCGCUUCUCGCGGGCCGGGGCCACGCUCAGCGCUGAGGGCGAGAUCGUGCAGAUGCACCCACUGGGCUUGUGUAAUAACAAUGAUGAAGAGGACUUAUAUGAAUAUGGCUGGGUAGGAGUGGUGAAGCUCGAACAGCCAGAACUGGACCCAAAACCGUGCCUCACUGUUCUAGGCAAGGCCAAGAGAGCAGUACAGCGAGGAGCCACUGCAGUCAUCUUUGAUGUGUCUGAAAACCCAGAAGCUAUUGAUCAGCUAAACCAGGGCUCUGAAGACCCGCUCAAGAGACCAGUGGUCUAUGUGAAGGGCGCAGAUGCCAUCAAGCUGAUGAACAUUGUCAACAAGCAGAAAGUGGCCCGAGCAAGGAUUCAGCACCGCCCUCCUCGACAACCCACCGAAUACUUCGACAUGGGAAUUUUCCUGGCCUUCUUUGUGGUGGUCUCCUUAGUCUGCCUCAUCCUCCUUGUCAAAAUCAAGCUGAAGCAGCGACGCAGUCAGAAUUCCAUGAACAGACUGGCCGUGCAGGCUCUGGAGAAGAUGGAAACCCGAAAGUUCAACUCCAAGAGCAAGGGGCGCCGGGAAGGAAGCUGUGGGGCCCUGGACACGCUCAGUAGCAGCUCCACAUCUGACUGCGCCAUUUGUCUGGAAAAGUACAUUGACGGAGAGGAGCUGCGGGUUAUCCCCUGUACUCACCGAUUCCACAAGAAGUGCGUGGACCCGUGGCUGCUGCAGCACCACACCUGCCCCCACUGUCGGCACAACAUCAUAGAACAAAAGGGAAACCCCAGUGCCGUGUGUGUGGAGACGAGCAACCUUUCACGCAGCCGGCAGCGAGUCAUCCUGCCAGUCCAUUACCCCGGCCGUGUGCACAGGACCAACGCCAUCCCCACCUACCCCACGAGGACAACCAUAGACUCGCGAGGGAACCCUGUCACAAUGCUGGCCGUGGACCGGCACGGAGAGCAGGGCCUCUAUUCAUCGCAGACCUCCGCCUACAUCCGCAGCUACCCUGCCCUCCACCUGGACCACACCCUGCCCGCCCACCGCUGCGGCAUGGAUCACCGGGCCUACUCACCAGCCCACCCCUUCCGCAGGCCCAAGUUUAGCGGCCGAAGCUUCUCCAAGGCAGCUUGCUUCCCACAGUAUGAGACCAUGUACCAGCACUACUACUUCCAGGGCCUCAGCUACCCGGAGCAGGAGGGGCAGCCCCCGCCCAACCUGGCAUCCCGGGGCCCAGCCCGUGCCUUCCCACCAGGCGGCAAUAGCAGCCUGCUCUUCUCCACUGGGGCCAACCGGGGCCCCACCUCCCACCUGGAGAGCGGCAGCACGUCCAGCUUCAGCUGCUACCACGGCCACCGCUCAGUGUGCAGCGGCUACCUGGCCGAUGGCCCGGGCAGUGACAGCAGCAGCAGCAGCAGCAGUUCUGGCCACUGCCACUGCUCCUCCCGGGACUCCGUGGUGGACUGCACCGAGGUCAGCAACCAGGGCGUGUAUGGGAGCUGCUCCACCUUCCGCAGCUCCCUCAGCAGUGACUAUGACCCCUUCAUCUACCGCAGCCGGAGCCCCGGCCGCACGAGCGACACCGCUGGCGGCUUGGGCCAGGGGCUGGCCGUGCACCUUGAGGGCUCCCCACCGCCCGGUGCUGGCCCUGCCUCACCCUCAGGGGACCAGCUGUCCACCUGCAGCCUGGAGAUGAACUACAGCAGCAGUUCCUCCCUGGAGCACAGGGGGCCCAAUAGCUCUACCUCAGAAGUGGGGCUCGAGGCUUCUCCUGGGGCCAUCCUAAACCUCAGGAGGACCUGGAAGGGGGGCCGGGAGGGGCUCACAUGUGCCUGCUGCUGCGAGCCCCUGCCCUCUGCACUGGAGUCCGGAGUGGGUGCAGCCUCAGGCAGCACCUUGUUCCCGGGCACCCCCCUCUGUGAGGGCUGUGUCCCCUCGGGUGGGGAGUCACUUCCCAGAGGCUCCCAAGACCCAAACAGUCUACACCCAGCCCAUUUGCCCCGAACAGAGGGAGUGAAGUCUGAGGGCCUGCCCUGCUGCAUCUAUGAAGAGAAGCAGGUGGCUCUUGACGGGGGUGGGGACAGGAGCAGCGGCUGCUACAGUGAGGAUUAUUCCGUGAGCGUACAGUACAUGCUCACUGAGGAGCCCCCACCCAGCAGCCACCCAGGGGCCCAGGAUUUGAGCCAGCGCAUCCCCAUCAUCCCAGAAGAUGUGGACUGUGAUUUGGGCCUGCCUGAGGACAGCCCAGGGGUCCAGGUCAGCAGCCCUUUGGACAGGACACCUGGUCCAGACACCCCACUGCUCCAACAGGUCCCAGGCACCACCCAGGAAGGAAAGUCAGCUCGGGGCUACCCAGCGUGGGCACUACUGCACCCGGACUGCCCACCAGAGGAGAGAAGUAUCCUCCUGGACCCUCGGGAAUCUGAGGCCACCGACACUGAGGCUGCAGGAUCAGGAUCUGGCCCAGCAGAUGGCAGCGGCCUUGGAGCCUGA